AACAGGAUGGUUUCUGUCAAAAUGGCUGAGUAUUCGUGGAUGGUUAAAUUCUGAACGGUGAAAGAAUCAUUUAGUUGCGCGAAUCGAUCAUUUGCAGCCCGUGUAUAACGCGUGAAUCUAAUUUUCCUAAAGAUAUGUUGUCGUCUGGUAAACGCAGUUUAUCUAAAGAAGACAUUAAAACUGCGGAUAAAGAUGAAAAAGAGACAUUGUUGGAACAUGACAGCGAUUACGACGAGGAAAUGUUAUUUACUCGGCCGAGCACGUCGAAUAAGGAAGAAAAAGUCGACAAUAAAAUGGACAGCGUCAAGCUGCAAAUUCAAGAGGUGACAGAUAUAAUGCGAGAUAAUGUGCAAAAAGUAAUGGAUCGUGGCGACAGAUUGGAGGAUCUCCAGGAUGCAAGCGAUCGUUUAAACAUGGCCGGUAACGAAUUUAGGGAAGCCGCGAGGAGAGCACAACGAAAAGCGUGGCUACAAAAUGUGAAGUCGAGGAUCAUCAUUAUCAGCAUCACUGUCACUAUCGUGCUUUUCAUUGUUGUUUUGGACAUCAUGGUGCUUUACCUGGUUCUCAGAUAGCGAGUACGAUGUUUCGAGCCUCGAUCAUUCACUGUAAGUAUCCAUCGUCGUGAAAUAUGCGUGAACGUGAUGCUUGAUUGAGGGACCGCCAAUCUAUUGUCUACAUCAUUGUACAUAAAUAUUUUCUUCCCAUAAAUUAAUUAUAUAUGUAUUAUAUUUAAUAUAAUAGUUUGUAUAAAUAUAUCUUCUAUUAUUUUCGUGUAAAUCUCGUUAUUUUUAUAC